AUGGCCAUAUUUUCCAACCUCGUGCUGCUGGCAGCUUAUUCAACAUGUGUUGUUGGUGGGCCGGUCCCAAGGAACCACCAGAGGCGCCAGUUUAUUGGAUACUUCAACACUUCUUCCAUAAUUUCUUCAACAUCUGAAAAGGCAGUCGCGCAACUAGACACUGCUCUAGUAGUAGAGCCUAUUCAGCCAACAAUAUUCACAUCAGUAGCCCCAGGUAUCACGUUUGUGAAUCCAGAUGGCGAACCACUGGCGACGCAAGAUCCAGAAACUGUUCUAUCCACAUCCUUCAUCACACCUACACAGAAUCCUACAACAGCCAAAUCAUCCAGUGUGGUACCCACACCUACCACUACGCCGGGUCUAAAACAAGCACCAGUCGAGAGUAGCCCAACCCCCACUCUCUCUUCUGAUACCCUAUCAGCACUGUCAAGCUCCGUCAAAGUUGUUGAAAACAGUACAGCUAGCGUUACUAGUCGUGAGUAUCCCAAAUUCACGUACUCGCCCAUAGAGCAAGCGUCUUCGGCUUCCCUAGCCUCAGUCACUCCUCCUACCAGUGAAGCACUAGCGCCUACCUCUGGAGGAAUGCCUGGCUUUCAACAUCCUGGAUCAGCAGCUCCAAGUCAACUACCAUCGAACAACAGUUCUAGCCCGACUACCGUUGCGUCAUCUGUAGGAGCAUCUAGUGUUUCUAGCGGUUCACCUGUAGUAUCGUCCUCGAGAUCUACAGGUGACUUGGCGGACGUGACAUCACGUAUUAUGGUCACAUCAUACACCACUGUGUAUGUUUCUGCCCCGUCACCCGAUGCGGCUAUCACGGCAUCUGAGGAGCCCGUAUCAGGGUCAGCUACGCCUACUCCGGCUAUGACAAGCUGCAAGGAAGGUCAGGAGGCAGUGCCACCUGUUGCCAGCUCAGCGGCUCUGGCUGUACCGUCGGAUUCUUUACAGGUCCCACCAGUAGUAAUCGUUACGUCGUUCACGACAGUCAUGGCCACGCUGGCGCCCAGCGAGACAUCCCAAGUACCAGCCACGUCUGCGGCACCCGAGCCAGUAGCACCCAGCUCCUCAGCUGCUUCUUCUGCCUCUGAAGUAACUUCAUCGUCAGCAGAGCCAACACCACCUGCAGCCCCUAGCAGCCCCUCCCCUCCUUCACCAGAAAGCUCAACAUCAGCACAGCCAACCUCGUCCUCGGCACCCCCUGCAGAGCCUCCAGCGCAGCCAUCUCCGUCCACCACUCCUACCCCGGAACCCUCACAGCAACCAUCCCCCUCUCCAUCCCUGUCUUCUCCAGAAGCCCCCGCAUCGACAUCAGAUGCCACCUCAUCUCCACCUGCACCCACAACCAUCCUGUCCGCAUCAUCGCCGCCGCCGCCACCAGCACCUGAACCCACACCUUCUUCUCCGUCUUCGUCUUCGACAACAUCAGAAGGCCCCCUCAUCAUCACCCCGAUUCCACCAAGCCAGAUCUUUACCGUAACGGCUACGACGACGGAGAAGGAGACGGUUAGGGAGACGGUCACUGUGACGGCUACGGCGUAG